CGUACCCGUAUUAAUUUGUCAAAGUGCUUCGCGUGAUAAUUUUCUAACAAAAGAAAAGGGUAUUUUUGAAAACAAUGAAGGCAAUACAAGAUUAAGGUUAAUUUGAAACGUUAAAACAGUUUGGUGAUUAUUGCGGAUGCACCAACCCAACGCUAGAAAUAGCUGAGGGAACAAAGCCACUGCCAAUGUUAUCAAACAAAUCUUCUAGACCAGGAUAGAAGUUUUGAACUAUUUAGUGAUUUCGCAAUGUUUUUGCCGCUGAUGCACUAAAAUUAAGUUGCGGGCGUGUAGUUUUUAGUGUUCGUCCGUUGCAAACUGAGUAAAUAUGGAAUUACUCGAUCUGCCCGUUGUUAUGAUUGAGAAUAUUCUCUCGUAUUUAACAUAUGACGAAAUCGCAAAGAAUAGAGUGGUAUGUAAGGCGUUCAAUGAGCUGUCUAUGCGGAUGCUGAACCGAGGGUUUCUAAUGAUAGAAAGACGCCAUGCCCUCGCACUUAAGACAGUCAAAGCUCAGCUGCCCAGAAGGGAGUCGGAGCGCAGAUACCACCCUUUGGCCCGCCACUGCGACAUCCUUACAUCGAUAGAGACCCGUAUAUCAAUGCUCAACAUGACAUACUCCAAGUUUAUCGACAGUGGUGUAUGCUGUUUUAUACCUGGCAAGGUGAUAGACGAAAUCCGUCGCGUUCUACACAUUGCCGAAAACUCAAAAUCGCCACCGCGAGCGCACGAGGUGCUGCAAGAAUUGCGAGAUAUAUCCAGCAUGGCUAUAGAACAUUUUGAUGACAAGAUAUCGCCGGCUUUGAGGGCUAGGUUACAGCAGCAGGUUCAGCCUAUGCCGCCCAGGCCACAUGUAUUCUCUCCGCUCGCAAUUCGCCAGGAGGUGUCUUCGCUUCGCCGCCGCUCCAUACUGAACGCCAAACUUUCUCUAUACCUCGCCACUCAGUACAAGAAGUACCACAACAAACAGAUGAUAGAGUACCAGAAGAUCGCGUGGAGGCAACGCAUCGUCAUUCGGCGUAUGCUGGCCCGGCAAAGAAGGCAGGAGGCUAAUAUUGCGGAGCUCAAGCGUCGUAUAGACGAGUGUGACAUACGCUACAGCGAGCUAACACACACAAAACCUACGGUCGGGCCUAGUAUCUCAGGUGCUGAAUCUCCACCGCCGGCAGCGCCGCUGCGUCACUUCGGCAGCCAGAUCAAACUCGACCUCUCCGUGCUGCCCAUCGGCACUAAUCGCAGGGGACGGAACUUGCUGCCGAACAUAAGACCUCGGAAGCCAGUCAUCCGCAUGCCCAGCCUGUCGGAGGACGCGUCCGCGCCGCCUGACACGCCGUCCACCUCGCAAGACGCGCCCCGGCCCAGCCCCAAAACCAAGGUCCAAUCAACGUUAGCCAAGAUCCGUGGUAUCACCAACGAGAUCCGUCACCUCACCAACCUGUCUCGCAACAUCGAGGGCAAAAUGAAAAGGCCCUAUUGCACCCCUGAAGAUUUGGAGGAAGUCAAAAAGAUGAAACUUGAAUAACAAACAAUCAUAUUAAUGUAAGUCUCAUGAUGCCCUUAAAAAGUUCAAUUUGACUAGCAUUGUCCAUAUAAUAUCGAAUGAAAUAAGUCAUCUAACCAACUUAGAUCGAUAUUGAGGGCAAGAUGAAUAUACCCUAUUGCACCCCUGAAGAUUUGGAGGAAGUCAAAAAGAUGAAACUUGAAUAA